AUGUCUGCGAUAGUUGACACGGAUAUUCUGAUCGUGGGCGCAGGCCCUUCUGGCACCGCCCUCGCAUCCUUUUUGGGUCAGAAUGGAAUGAGAGGCCUCGUCAUUUCCAAGGACCCGCAUACAGCUUACACGCCUCGAGCUCAUGGGUUCAACCCUUUUGCGCUAGAGUGUCUCCGGGAUAUUAAUCUGGAGGAUGAGGUGCUUCGGCUGGCCAUUCGCGAGCCUUUCAUCCUUUCACCACGCUUUGCACAGAGCUUCGUUGGAGAAGAAUACGGACGACUCGCCUCAUGGGAGGAGAACCCUAAGUCUUUAGGAAGACGAAAAGAGACAACGCCUUGCGAAUACGUGGACUUGUCACAGCGCCACUUGGAGCCUCUUCUUUUGCGCUUUGCAUCUCAUAACGGCUUCAACAUUCGAUUUUCAGCUGAGAUUCUCAACGUUGAGAUCAUAUCAAGUCAGACAGCCAAACCCGCUUAUGUCUGCACAGUCUACGAUCAUAUCAUCAAGCAAGAGUUCAAGGUUCGCACAAAGUAUCUCCUCGGAGCUGAUGGGGCGCGCAGCCAGAUAGCGCGUCAAUUCGGCUUCAAGUUCCUUACUCAAAGCCCAGGCCCAAAGGCAUGCAACGUCUUGUUUCGUGCAGACCUUGCAAGGCACUUGACGAAAUCGCGUCUCGGUGGAAUACACUGGAUCAUACAACCCGACCGUACCCUCUUCCCCGGCGUCGUUGCCCAUCUUCGAGCUGUUCGGCCUUGGAAUGAGUGGGUGCUGGUGGCGUUUGGUCCCCAGGGCGGUGACCCCUUUGAGGGCAUGACGGCUCAGAGCCCUGAGCUUGUAUAUUUGAUUCGACAGCUUGUGGGGGAUGGUUCGCUUGAUGUUGAGAUCUUAACUCUUGACGCUUGGACUGUGCGCGAACUCGUCGCGGAGACGUACUCCAAAGAUGAUCAAAGCUUGUUCCUACUGGGUGAUGCAGCCCACAGACAUCCGCCAACUUUCGGUCUCGGAAGCAAUACUUGCAUCCAAGACGCGUACAACCUGGCUUGGAAGGUAGCCUAUGUAUCAAAGGGUUGGGCUGGCCCAGGUCUAUUAGCCUCAUACAGUCAAGAGAGACAGCCAGUCGGUGCGGACCUGGUUCGAGAGAGCAAUAAGCAUAUACGAAAGAACGCAGAGCUCUUCCGUGUAUUUGGAAUGAUGGCCCCGUCUGCCGAUGGCACGAAGCAAGUGGAUCAACUAUCGCAUGCGACGCAGGAGGGUUCAGCACGACGGGCCGAUCUCUAUGCCGCGCUGGAAGACAAGAAACAAGAGUUUGAGAGUCUUGGCUUGGCCCACAAUCAUUUUUAUGUAUCCAAGGCAGUGUACCUAGACGAUGAGACUGGCCCAAGACCAGUGUUGGAAGGUGACCCGGUCGUGGAGGUUCAGAUCAGCACCUAUCCCGGCAGCAGAUUGCCUCACGCGUGGAUUGACAAGCCAAACCGCCUGAACAUGAUAUCGACGUUGGAUUUGGCUGGAAAAGGGUCCUUUUGUUUAUUGGUUGGCGUGGAUGGUAGUGCUUGGAGAAAGGCGGUUGAGGCCAUCACGACUGCCACUGGUAUUCCAAUCAAUGUUUUCGGCAUCGGGCCAGGUCAGGAGUACAUUGAUGUUUAUAGGCAUUGGUAUGAGAAGAAGGGUGUUAGCGAUAGUGGAUGUGUUCUCGUUCGGCCAGAUCGAUUUGUCGCGUGGAGGUCUGUUGGCAAGUCUGUGGACUGUGAGCAAAAGUUAGAGGAGGUUCUGAGGAGCAUUCUGUGCAGGGAGGGGUUAUAA